AUGAACAAUAAAAGUGAUUAUGUGCUCAAUAGCAUAUCAGAGAUAAAUCUAACAGAUAUUGAGUAUGGUGAUUUGUAUCAUCGGUGUACCUGUAUGAAAUACAGCCGUGGUGAUCAUGAAAGGAUGGUUAUGUAUGAUAUCUUGUAUGAAUGCGGACCUGAAGUUCUGAUAAUUCACAGCAGCACAGGUUUUCCAUUUUCAUUGAAGCAUUUAAGAAGGCUCAAAGGAAGAGUAAAGAUAUUGAUUACUGAACAUCAUGCAUUUGAUGUCAUAGUAAACAAGAUAGAUGACUUCAGUGUGUUUGUGGUGUUCUCAUGUGAGUUCAAUGAUUUUGAGCAUGAGUUUAUGCGGCAGGUAUGCAUAACUAAACAGAAAACAAUUUUAUUACUAUCUGAGCAUUUGAAUUGUAAUUCAGAUGAAAACACGCCAUUAAGUUUAAAUGAAUUUAAGAAUACGCUGAGUGUUUCAUUGACAAACUUUUAG